UAAGGUGGCUACUGUAUAGCAAGCAUCUUCGACUCGUUCCGACUACACAACCCAACUACCGGUUAUUAUUAUUAUUGUUUUUGACAUUAUUUUUUACAUUUUUGGCAAAAUGCGUUUUGGCCCGGUGGUGUGGUUGUUACCCCUCCUUUUCGCUUUAACUGCGGCACAAUUUUCGAGUUUAUUCAACGCGCCGAAGAAUAUAGGAAGCGGUCUUAGCAACCUCGUGACAAGCGGCCUGAAUUUUGCGGAUCAUGAUGACUUCUUGCUAAAAACCGGCAAAAGCUAUUUCGAUGCUGCUGAGAAGCAACUUCGUGAAGCACAAUUUAAUGCAAAUAAAAAUUUGGUGGCCUUGACCAAUACCGCCAAGAAGGGUUAUACAUUAGCGUUGAACAAGUUUGCCGAUAUAACUAAAGCAGAAUUCUUGAAUUUCUUCUGCGGCAACUCCAAAUCAGCUAGAGGCGAAGCAAAGGCCAGCGUAGAUCGUCAGGAAGCCAAACCGCCCACCACCAGAGUGCCGGACGCCUUCGAUUGGCGCACUAAGGGCGGUGUCACACCGGUGAAAUUCCAGGAUAAAUGCGGCUCGUGUUGGGCCUUUGCCACCACUGGCGCCAUCGAGGGACACAUAUUCCGUAGCACUAAAAAAUUGCCAAAUCUUUCCGAACAGAAUCUAAUCGAUUGUGGUCCAGUUGAUUUCGGUCUAAACGGUUGUGAUGGCGGUUAUCAGGAGUAUGCGUUCGCCUUUAUUAAGGAAGAGCAAAAGGGUUUGCAAGACAGCGCCUCGUAUCCAUAUGCGAAUCAGAAGGAUACUUGUAAUUAUAAUGCCGGAAAUAAGGCAGCCGAAGUAAAAGGUUUCGCUGUGGUCAAACCGAAAGAUGAGAAAACAAUGAAGGAAGUUGUCGCCACCUUGGGACCGAUGGCCUGUUCUGUGUACGCUAUAGAAUCGUUAUUGCUUUACAAGGACGGCAUCUAUGCCGAUGAGGAGUGCAAUAAGGGCGAAGUGAAUCAUGCGGUGUUGGUUGUAGGCUAUGGCAGUGAAAAGGGCAAAGACUAUUGGAUUGUAAAGAACUCAUGGGACAGCAGUUGGGGAGAGGAGGGUUACUUUAGAUUGCCACGCGGUAGCAAUUACUGUGGCAUCGCCGAAGAAUGCAGUUAUCCAAUUGUUUAAAUUAUGCAAAGGAUUAACUAAUUCUUCUAUAUAGUGUAAUUUGAGAGAAAUAUACGAUUUUAUUAAAAAAAAAA